AUGUUCUCCGUGCAGGAGGCGCUGCCCCGGGGGGGGCUGCCCAUGAAGGAAGAGCCGCUGACCGCCGGGCUGCCCUCCGUCCGCUGGCUGCAGGGCACCGGCAUCCUGGACGCCAGCACGGCGGCACAGAGCGGGGUGGGCCUGGCCCGAGCCCACUUUGAGAAGCAGCCCCCCUCCAACCUGCGGAAAUCCAAUUUCUUCCACUUCGUCCUGGCCAUGUACGACCGGCAGGGCCAGCCUGUGGAGAUCGAGCGCACCUCCUUCAUCGACUUCGUGGAGAAGGAGCGGGAGCAGAACGGCGAGAAAACAAACAAUGGGAUCCACUACCGGCUCCAGCUGCUGUACAGCAACGGGCUCCGGACUGAGCAGGACCUCUACGUCCGCCUCAUCGACUCCAUGUCCAAGCAGGCCAUCAUCUACGAAGGGCAGGACAAGAACCCAGAGAUGUGCCGGGUCCUCCUCACCCACGAGAUCAUGUGCAGCCGCUGCUGCGACAAGAAGAGCUGCGGGAACCGCAACGAGACCCCCUCCGACCCCGUCAUCAUCGACAGGUUUUUCCUCAAGUUUUUCCUCAAAUGCAACCAAAACUGCCUGAAGAAUGCGGGGAACCCCCGGGAUAUGCGGCGCUUCCAGGUGGUCGUGUCAACGACGGUGAACGUGGACGGCCACGUCCUGGCUGUGUCUGACAACAUGUUUGUCCACAACAACUCCAAGCACGGGCGGCGGGCACGGCGCCUUGACCCCUCCGAAGCAGCCACCCCCUGCAUCAAAGCCAUCAGCCCCAGCGAGGGCUGGACCACCGGAGGUGCCACCGUCAUCGUCAUCGGCGACAACUUCUUCGAUGGGCUGCAGGUCGUCUUCGGCACCAUGCUGGUGUGGAGUGAGCUCAUCACACCUCACGCCAUCCGGGUGCAGACCCCUCCGCGGCACAUCCCCGGCGUGGUGGAGGUGACGCUCUCCUACAAGUCCAAGCAGUUCUGCAAGGGUGCCCCCGGACGCUUCGUCUACACCGCGCUGAACGAGCCCACCAUCGACUAUGGGUUCCAGCGGCUGCAGAAGGUCAUCCCCCGGCACCCCGGGGACCCCGAGCGCCUGCCCAAGGAGGUCCUGCUGAAGCGGGCAGCCGACCUGGUGGAGGCUCUCUACGGGAUGCCGCACAGCAACCAGGACAUCAUCCUGAAGCGAGCGGCAGACAUUGCUGAGGCUCUCUACAGCGUCCCCCGCAACCCCAGCCAGCUCUCCUCGCUGGCCAGCACCCAUGGCCCCGCCGGCAUGAUGGGGGUGAACUCCUUCGGCAGCCAGCUGGCCGUCAACAUCGGCGACUCGCCACAGGGCACCGAGCAAGGCUACUCCCGAAACACGGGCAGCGUCUCACCGCGGGGCUAUGUGCCCAGCUCCACGCCGCAGCAGAGCAGCUACAGCAGCACCGCCGGCAUCAACGGCUAUGGCAGCGGCACCAUGGCCGGCCUGGGGGUGCCCGGCUCCCCCAGCUUCCUCAACGGCUCCACCGCCAACUCCCCCUAUGCCAUCAUGCCCGCCAGCCCCCCGCUCGGCGCCUCCUCCAUCACCCUCCCGUCGGGCACCAACGCCUCCACCCCCACUGGGGUCUUCUCCUUCUCCCCCGUCAACAUGAUCUCGGCGGUGAAGCAGAAAAGCGCCUUCGCCCCCGUGGUGCGGCCGCAGACCUCCCCGCCGCCCGCCUGUGCCAGCACCAGUGGCAGCAGCCUGCAAGACCCGGCUUUCGAGGACUCGGACAAGUUCCACACGCCUGCGCGGCCGCUCCAGGGACUGGCCUAUUCCUAA